AUACGAAUAUGAUAUACGACAACGGAGUGGGACAUACAUAUCCGUGUGAAUUGGGUUUUUUCAAUGAAUUGUUUUACAGUGAGACAUUGUAAUCGUCGUGAAACUAGAAUUUAUAUUACAUGAAUAUUAGCUAUUUCAUUUCGAUUCGAAUUGAAUUUGGUGCAAUUUCAAAAAUAAAAGUAGUAUAGUUGUUGGUUUUUGUUAAUUCGUCGUUGUUUUCGUGGAUUUUUUUCUAACAUUGAGAGAAAGAAAAAUAUUUUGGAGUGAAAGAUAACAUAACAUACACAUAAAAAAACAGAGAGAUUAUUGCAUCCAAUGAAUUAAAAUCAGCAGAAAAAUGGAUAGUGUCGCAAAUUUUCGAAAUGCAACAAUUAGUGAGCCGAGAGUGUUUGGCCCUCAGCAACAAGGCAUACAGACGGCAUUAGGUCGAGUGCCAGUGACAAACACGAGUAGUUCAAUUCAAAACAGAGCAACACAAAAUAUGGGUGCACCACCCGUUCCACCGAAACCCUAUUCCAAUACACAACAGUCUUCGAUGUACGGCUCACCAAUGGGCAUGUAUUCAAAUUCAUACAUGGGUAGCGCAUAUUCACCCUACGGCAUGAAUCCGUAUGGAAUGAGUCGAUAUGGAAUGUACGGCGGUGGCAUGUAUGGUGGAGGUGGAGGAAUGGGUAUGUAUGGCAAUCAAAUGCGCGAUCCAUUGGAUCCAGAAAGUCGAUUCAUUCAGCUGGCUGAAGAGAGCUCCCGCCCGGCAUUCCAAAGUAUCGAAUCGUUGGUCAUGGCCAUCGGUAACAUUGCAGCCAUGCUUGAUUCCACAUUCUUUGCACUGACCAGCUCGUUUCGAGCGAUAUUGGGCGUUGCAGCCAACGUUGGCCAGCUUCGUGGCGUUUUUGCACAGUUUUGGUCCACAUUCGCACUGAUACGAGGUGUCACCUGGCUGUAUAGAAAAUUAUUGUAUUUACUUGGCUUCAGUAAAGUGGAUCCAUCGACGGCACGAUUCAAUGAAAUCUUUUCAGCAGCUGCAAAAGGUACCCAACUUCCAGGCACAUCGGAUGCCAGCCCACCAAAGAAAGUGUCCGCUUGGCCAAUUCUCACAUUCUUAAGCCUGAUAUUCGCCACACCGUAUCUCAUCAUGAAAUUAAUCGGACAAGUCUCAACAACAGCCAUUGAGGAAUCUCGUAAUCCGCAAACAUGGGUGAAACCAUAUGCUGGUGAAGCCGUUUAUAAUUAUAAGGCGACGAGUCCGCAUGAGUUGAGCAUUUAUGCUGGACAAUUGAUUCAGUUGGCACCGCGUGAAGUGCAGCAAACACACAAACUUCUAAAUACCGGAUGGGCAUUGGCAACUGUUGACGAUAAGACGUCUGGAUUGGUGCCAAUUAAUUACGUUCGACGAGUAGAAGCAAAGCAAUUUGCCACACCAUCACAAGCAGCGGCAACGGAGUCAGAAGCCGCCAUAGUAAAUCAGCCAGAUAUAAACAUUGCUGCACCUGAAAUACCAUGUGAACAUGUGAUGGAAAAAGAUGCCGAACCAAUUCAAUCGAAUUUCAUCGAAACAAACCGCCAAAUGUACGACAAUAAAUUGCCAUCAAAUGAAAUAAUCAACGAGAGUACGCACAUAGACCCUGUGAUACUCGAUGAUAUUAAAGACCUUUGAAUUGACGAUUAAAAUUUGCGGUGGCAUCUAUUCCAAAGCACGUUGGAAUAUCCAACGAACAUUCCGACGAUAAACAGAACAAAUGUAGAAUAUUUUAGCAUUGGGUGACAGUUAGCUAAAUGGCUUAGCAUUUGAUGACAAAAAAUAAUUCAUCAGCUUAAUUAAUUUGGUCACAAAAAAUAAAUUGGAAUUGGAUUUUAUUCACACUCUCGUUCUUGUGUAGAAUUAAAAAAAAAUCUAUUUAAAUAGGAGAUAGCUUUGCUUAGGAAUAAUGUGAUUCGCAAUGGAUUUGGAGCAAACGGAGAAAAUAUACUGGCAUUUUUUUAUAUACAAA